AAUAGAGAACGUGUUGAAAUUCAAUAUGUUCCUUCUAAUAACACUAAUCAGCCGUCUUCAUAGAAACCAGACUUCCCAAACACAGAAUCCCUUAAAUACGGAGCAGCCUGACUGCAUGGUACCACUUGUUCCUUCGAAGCGAUCAUGGAUACCAUUAAGAUCAUCGUGGUGCUCACCACACUCUGCAUUGGGACAGCUAUGUCUUUACAAUGCUAUACGUGUACGGGCCAGACCUCAAAUGCCAACUGUAUUACCACAACCACUAACUGCACCACUGGUCAGACGUACUGCAUGACAACGUCGGCCUCAGCUGGAGUUGCUGGCGUAUCAUUUGCUUCAAUCACUAAGACGUGUGCGGCGGGCUGUACGGCUGUGAGUGCUGGGUCCUCCUCCUUGGUCUCCGGUUCUGUUUCUUGCUGCAACACUGACCUGUGCAACACAAGUGGCGCCACCAGCAUUAAAUCUGGAGUCACCAUCCUGGCUGUGACCGCCGGACUAAUCUUAGCCCUGCUGAAGAAUUCUCUGUAA